CGGGGCGCCGUCACGCGGCGCAACGGGGCGGUGAUUGGCUGCGCGGCGGCGGGAGGGCGGGGCCGGGCUGGCCGCCGCCUGUCAGUGAGCGGGCGCCGCUGAAGAGCCGCGUCGUGCGGGGCCGUGCGGGGCCGCCGGGACACCCAGCCCAUCUCCGCGGUUCUGUUCCGGAGCCCAGGUGCCCGUUGGCCGCUCGGAAGCUCCGCUCCCCGGUUCCCGGAGCAGCGGCCGCACGCUGAGUGACUCUCUGAACCUGUGAAAUGGCAGUGAUGGGAAUUACAUGCCAAGGAGCUCCCGAUGCAGCCGUCAAGCACAAGAAGGAGCUCACAGCUACGAAGGGGCUGAAUGAGACAGUGAGUGAGAAGCAGAGCAGCGUUUGCAAAGUAGAAGAUUCAAAGAAGGUCAUCUUUCACAGUCAGUGGAAAAUCCUGAAUGAUGUCAUCACCAAAGGAACAGCAAAAGAAGAAACAGAAGGAGGCUGUGCAUCCAUUUCUAUUAUUGCCCAAGCAGAAUGUGAAAACAGUCAGGAGUUCAGCCCCACGUUGUCAGAGAGAUCCUUUAUUGCUCACAGUAAGCGUUACAGCCGAUCGGACAGUCUCGAUCAAAUCCCCAACAAUGUGGCCCACGCGACGGAGGGGAAGAUGGCACCUACCUGCUGGCGAGGGCGGCACCGCGGCAAGGCCAGGAAGAAACGGCACAAGAAAAGGUCCAAGCUGAAAAUCCAAACAGUGGCUGCUGGCAGGAGAGGUCCCAGGACUCCAGAACAAGAGAGCUGCACCCCAAUUCCCGUCCAGGAAGAUGAAUCACACGAAAACACUCUUUACAGAAACCAUUUUUGGGUUUCAGAACUUAACAAGGACUUGGUCUAUGAGCCGUUUGAGAAACCUGAGAAAGCUCUGUCCGCGGGCAAACUCCAUUCACCGAGGAGCCAAUACAAAACUGAACUGCACAAGUUAAUCAGCCCAAUUCAGUGCCUUAACCAUGUUUGGAAACGACGCUAUCAGAGGGACAGCGUUCCGCAGCCUGAAACUCUCCAUCCUUUUCCCUACAACAUCAUCCCCCCUCAUUUCGCACAUCUGGACAAUCCUCUCCAUGCCGUGAAACGCAACGUGCUGGAGUCGUACUUCCACGGCCAGGUCUAUCAAGACAGCGAGCAUCGCUUAUCUGGCCUAAACUCUGAGUAUAGUUUCCCCAAGUGUGUCAACCAGUCCAUAAAAAACAGUUUAGACAAGAUUUCUGUGGAAGAAUACUUGGUAGACGCCUUGAAGGGGAGCGUGAGUCUUGGUGAACCCCAAAAUUUAGCCAGCCUAGCCAAGACGUGGAGAGGAGGAGGCCUGGACCCGAAGGAACAGUUUCACGAAGCGGAUGGAAAUGAAGGCGUGCUGCUCACUGAGAAACUAAAGCCGGUGGAUUAUGAGUACCGAGAAGAGGUUCACUGGACCAAGUGCCACGGUUCGUUGGGCAUCGGCUCUUUUGGAGAAGUGUACAAAAUAGAGGACAAACAGACGGGGUUUCAAUGUGCUGCCAAAAAGGUACAAGUGGAACACUUCCGCGCAGAGGAGUUAACGACGUGUGCUGCAAUAACGAGCCCUAACGUCGUCCCCUUGUACGGGGCGGUGAAGGAGGGACCUUGGGUGACCAUCUUCAUGAAGCUGAUGGAGGGUGGCUCAUUAGGUCAGCUAAUUAAACAGAGCGGCUGCCUGCCGGAGGACAGGGCCCUCAGUUAUUUGGGCCAGGCUUUAGAGGGCUUGGAGUAUCUUCAUGCUCAAAACAUUCUCCAUGGAGAUGUAAAAGCGGAAAACGUGCUCUUGUCUGACGACGGCAGCAGAGCUCUCCUGUGUGACUUCGGUCACUCCGCUCACCUGCACCCCGACGGCCUGGGGAAGUGCUUGGUCACAGGGAACUACGUGCCGGGCACAGAGACUCACAUGGCUCCGGAGGUGGUGAUGGGAAAGCGCUGUGACUCCAAAGUGGACGUGUGGAGCAGCUGCUGCAUGAUGCUGCACAUGCUGAACGGGUGCCACCCUUGGACCCAGUACUACAACCACCCGCUCUGCCUGAAGAUCGCUAAAGAGCCACCUCCUCUGAGGGAAAUUCCACCUUCCUGCAACCCUCUCACUGCUGAGAUUAUUAAAAUGGGUCUGGAGAAAGAGCCUGUUCAGAGAGCAUCUGCGUCUGAGCUGAAAACUAAGACCAGCGUCGCACUUGAAGAAGUGGGAGGUGUGACAAGCCCCUGGAGAGGCGAAUACAGAGAGCCUCGCCAUUUAUCUCUGAACAAAGAGAACAACCCACAGACGUCCCUGUCCCCCACAGCGAGCCCAGUUUCUGAGAGUGCUUCUGACCCAAAGUUGCCAGGCAAAGUUUCUUGUGCGAGCCCCAUCCUGCCAGCGCCACCGUCUCCAGAGCAAAGGGAGGAGCUGGAGAGAACCCCUUGGAACCCGUGCAAGGAGUUCCCUGAGACCUGGGACCCUCCGCCUCUCUCCUCCACCCCUCUACCCCUCAAGAGCUGCAGCCAUGUGGAGAGAGCAACAACCAUUUCAGAACAAGAGCUUCAGCAGCUGGAAAUAGAACUGUUUUUGAACAGCCUUUCACAGCCUUACUCACUGGAAGAGCAAGAACAAAUGCUUUCAUGUCUCAGCAUCGACAGCCCGUUUGUGUCAGAUGCCAGUGAGAAGAACUCCAUGAAGGCUUCUCACAGCUUGAGGGACACGAUGAGCUCUGGGAUUCAUUCCUGGAACAGCCAGACAGACGGACAGAGCUUCAGUUGGAACAACCUGCUGAACCGCAGCCGCCACACAGACACUCCCAGCUAUUUCAACGGAGUGAAAAUCCAGAUCCAGUUGCUAAGUGGAGAAAAUUUACACAUCAGGGAUUUCCACAGGACGAAGGUGGGAGACAUUGCCACUGGGAUAAGCAGCCAGAUCCCGGUCCCCGCUUUCAGCCUGGUCACCAAGGAGGGCCAGCCGGUUCGCUACGACAUGGAGGUCCCCGACUCCGGCAUCGAGCUGCAGUGCACCCUCGCGCCCGACUGCAGCGUCAGCUGGACGUGGCGAGUCAAGCACGGGCAGCUGGAGAACAGGCCGUGAAGCCGUUCCUGUUUCGGAGGGGGUUUUUUUACCUUGUCGAAAGAAGGAAUUGCAAAAGCUUCCAACCACUCCUGCCGUGGAGCACCGAGCGCGGUCGCUGGUGUUUUGUGCUGAAGUAGGAUAGCGGUUCAGCAGCUCGCUGCUCCCGGGCCUCACUUCUCUUGUCUGUUCUGAUCCAGUUCUAAGACAUGUCCUGAGCUUAGAUGUUCUCCGGAACAGUGGGAAUUACUUGUUUUGGGUGUGAGUUUUAGGUUGAGCUUGAGAACGGCGGGCGGAAAUUCCUGCUUUUCAGAGGAAUGCGGUUGUGCUUUUCAGGAGCAGAGGGGAUGGGGUGAGAACUCCCGUGUGUCUCAGCCCCCGAGGUAAAUGUGGUCGUUGUUGGGCUUGUCCCAAGGAGGAGGUUGGUUAUUCUGAGUGCAGCUGCGGUUGUUUGUGCCGAGGGGAGCUGGCUGACUUCCUUCUAGCCGGAGGAAAAAGUUAACGUCUCUGUAGGCUUCGGGCAGCAUCAUCUCUACCUCAAGCCGUUUGCACAGGGAAAAUUGACAGCGGUAACUAGCUGGGUUCUUGGUUUCACCUCCCACCCUUCCGCGAAGACGCUUCCUUCUUGAAUCAGAAAAGAACUUGUGUUUCCAGAAAGAGCUUUGCUUGCAGCUCUCGUCUCCAGGUCCCCUCCGUGACCGAGGAGCUGGUCUCGCUCUGGCAUUGCCGUUGCAGGGAGGGCACAAGGAGGGGACCGUGUUGCUGGGGGUUUGUUUCCUCCAUUCUGUCACCACCGCUGACUCGGGACUUCACGGGGACCGUCCCGUCCAGGCAGCGUCCCCUGGGUGGGGAAGGGACGGCGAGCUCGGACAAACUCUUCACUCCCAGCUGUCAAUCCGGCCACUCGGUGCCCCGGUUCUGCGCGGUGCGUUGGCUCGGCCUGACUUCACCAGCACUUAGAGCGCGGCACAAGGCUUCGUGUGCUCCCCUUCUGUCAAAACGUGCUAAAGGAGUGGGCCGGGCAGCUGGGCCUCUAGUGCCUUAAGCUUUGAACUUGGGGUUUUUUUUACUGAUUUGUGAAUUGUUUGGGUGGAAUUCAGACAGGCAGGUGUUGCCAGCCCGUCUGCAACCCAGAACAGAACCAGAGGGAGGCGUGAGCGAUGGUGUUCUCAUUCAGAGCUGGGAAUCCCGGUCGCUUGCUGGGCUGUGGCUCUUCAGGGUGCUGGAUCUGCUGCACGUUCUGAGCUGGGACCAUCGACAUCCAGGCCAGGCAAGGGAACAGCUCCCAAAAAGCAAGGUAGGAUGUGCGCUGGUUCUGGGAGACACAACGGGGCAGGAAUAUGUGCAGUUUUCUCAAGUGAGCUUGGCUUAGCCGGAGAAAACGAUACUUUAGGCCUCGCUUUUUGAGGACCAACGCUCCCUUUGGUCUCCCUGAACAUCGGCUGGUUUUGAUGCACUAGGCAGCGAGAUGCCUAAUGAGAAAACUAAAGUUGGGAUGCAACAAAAAAGCAGAACUCUUGAAUAUUAAACCUGUCACCACUGUGGGUAUAGUUUUUAUAGCACUUUUUGUUCUAAAGCACUUAAUAUGUUGUCCAAAAUAGACACCUAAUUAUAGCUGAAAUGCCACGUUAAGAGUCUUUUUGGUAAACAAUUAACACGUUAUUCACAUCUCUGCCAGGAAGGAGUGGGGGGAAUGGGUAGGUUGGCUCGAUUUAGUUUCUUUCAGGUGCCGUAAACUACUGAGAAUCAUAGUCUUGGAGCAGGAGGGAUCCAAACAGCUCCCGAGCCCCGUUCAGUGCACCAAUCUGUCUCCCGCAGCCUGUUCCCCUUCCCAGGCUUCCUCGGAGGGGCGGGAGGAGAAAACCCUGUUGGUUGUUUCCUAGAAGAGCCUGUCGGUGCCGCGUCGGUGCCGCGCGGCUGCACGGUGUGUCAACCCAAGAGCCUGGUCCGCUCCCUUCCCCGCCGCCGCCUCUCGUGGCUUUCACCGCCGUCUGCGGAACGCUCCGGCGUGCGGUGGACGGGUUGGUACCGGGGCGGGACGCGGCAGAACCCCCUCGCUGUUUACAGCUUUACGCUUCACCUAUAGCAUUAACGCUCAUCUCGGGCCGCCUGCGGGAGCGGGGGAAAGGCAGAAAACCCUUGCGCGCCCGGAAUGCCUGUGGCGGGUAGGUGGAGGUGGCCGCGUUCUCCCGUUCUCUCACACCAGCAUUAGCCAGUUUUGUCCUGAACCUUCACUCCUAAUUUGCUGCCACCCCAAGUGAAAAAGGGAGGCCACAGAUUUCCACCUAAUCCGUAUUUUCUAUGCCAGCCGGACUCUGGUGUCAAUCCUGCCCGCACGGGAAAGGCGCUUUGGCACAUGCCGCAAACCACCGGUGCUUUCUUACUGUCCUGAUGUGGUUCUCCUCUCGGGGGCAUCACCAGGGUUUUCCUGUCUGUGCUACCGACCAGCUUUGGGGUCUCUUGGCUCUCUCCUGCUGCCAGGACAGAUUCCUCUUCAUUUGCCUGAUCAUUUUUGCACAAGAAGUCCAGUUUCCAGCUCAGGGCUGGCCAUGCAAUAACAGGAGAGAGAGCUGGGAAAGCUUUUUGUGAUCCACCUUAAAAUUUGGCUGGAAUGGUGUAUAAUAACGAGUCUUUAGGACAGAACCCCAGUUCGGGUUGGGGAGGAUGAACACAAAUGGCUUUUGUGUAGCUCCUUCCAAACUUCUGGCAAAAUCACGGUUGGCAAAGGAAUGUGAAGCUGAUAAUCAAUGUGGACGGGCAGUGCUGGCGGGGGAAGGCGAUGGAGUGACAAGCUCGUAUUGAACAAAUGACACUUUAUAAAGCUGUGAUUUCUUGAAAUUGAUGGUUUUGACCUGCAUUUUCACAGGGAAAAAAAGAAUAAAGCCGUAAAAAAACAGA